AUGUAAUUUCUGCGGCGCUCUACUUUCUGCUCACCUCUCUGCAUUUUCCCGUUCUACCGUCCCUGCCCAGUUUAGGAAGUGAGUCAUUGGGUAGGCAAGUAGUCUGUUCUUUCAGAGUGCUAGAAAGAGUGGAUGAGAGAGCGAGAAGAGGAGGGGGGGGGUAGUCGCAGAUAAACAUCACAUAGGAGGGUCGACCAGAGGAGGGGAAAUAGGGAGGGCUCCCAAUCGACUUCCUCUACGAAGCACUUUACUAGCAUACGGUAAGACAAGGCCCUCUUAUGUAUCGAUUCACACAUUUGUCAAUCCGAAUGAUUGUGUAAUCAGCGAAUUAAAUAAGGAAUGGUAAAGGUUGUUUUGUAUAAGUGGAAGCGAGGCUAUCGCUGCGGACGAGCGAGGAGAACAAGGAUAUGGGUGACUCUCAGUCAAGAUCAAGAAGUGAAUCUUCAACAAGAAUUGAGUCUCGAUCAAGAACACUUGAAUCUCAUUCACGAAGAAUUGAAUCUCCAUUAAGAAGUGAGUUUCAGCCAAGGAAAAUGCUCCACCAGGACAGACCCGUAAACCCCCAGUACCGAGGCCAGGGAGGCAGCUCCUCCCCACUGCGGAUCCUCAGCAACAACAGCCAGCAGCAGGGGGGGAAAAGGAAGCAAGGCGAGAAGGACGGCAACUUCAACUUCCUGGGUCAAGACGAUGACGUCAUGACGGGAGGGGACGAGAAUCGCAACCAGGUGCGUCCUCGUAACCUGGGCCCAUUGGGCCGCGACCAGCCCCACCUUCCUUCCUCCUCCAACCACUACGGUCCGGGGCCACUGUCCCCGCUCUCCCGCCUGCCCUGCUGGAGCCCCCUGGAGUCCCUGCCUGAGAUCGAGAGUGGGGACGAUGGGUACGGAAGAGUGCCCCCGGAUGGCGCGGAGGAGGGCAAGAUGGAGGAGGAGAUGGGGAGGAUGAGCGAUGACGAGAAGGAGAAACAAGACCUGGGGGGAGGUGUCAUGAAACAGGGAGUGGUGGUGGAAGAGGAGGAGGAGGAGGAGGAGGAGGAGGAGGUGGAAGUGGAGGACCCAGAGGAAUGGGGCGACAGCGACUCAGACUUUGAGUUCAGCUACAGGUCCAGUGGCAGCCUGUCCUCUCUCAACAUGGAGAGCGGAGGCGAGGGGGCUGGCAUGGGGGGGUGGGAUCGCAUCGGUGUGGGGGAGCCCAAGCCUGUCCACCACCAGGGGGGCAACCAGGAGACCCCUGCCGCCCCAGCAGACCCCCUUACCCCCUCUUUGACCAGGAAGUGGGAUGACAAAAUGGAGAGGAAAAGGAGCAGCAAGCCUCUGAGAACGGGGAACAGUCUGCUUGACGGAGGAGCGUUGUCCGACUCGGACACGGACUGCGGCGAGCUGCCUGAGCUGGAGGACACUGUGUGGACCCUGAGGGACCGCGAGCGCUUCAAGGCCCAGGAGAUGGAGAAGCACCAGGUCCAGCUCACCAUGUACCGCAGGCUGGCUCUGAUCCGCUGGGUCCGCACCCUGCAGGGCCGCGUCCAGGAGCAGCAGAACCGCCUCCAGUCCAGCUUUGACGUCAUCCUCGACCACAGGAAGGAGCUGCUGCGCAUGGGCACUGCCACCACUGCAACUGCCACAGCCAGCCAAUCGUAGAGCAAGAAGGAAGCGCAGAGGCCCCAACAGGAAGUGGUCACCAGCAGAGACCGGCCAGUCGCUGAAGGGGAAUACAAAGGCAUUGUUGCCUUGGCCAUGGUUAUUGUGCUUGUUGUGUCCCAGACUUGACUUUUCCCGAAACUAGACAAUCUCCAAGCAUCCUCUGAGAUUUGAUUCUGAUGUGAUGUUUUAAUAAGUUGGUAAUGCAGUUUGUUUUUGAUUUAUUGGCGUCCUACCCUGUGUUGAGAUCCAAAUAUAUCCAAGGCACCUUUCUUCUUGAGAGCCAGGAUGACUUUUUUCACCCUAACCCUGCCAAACUAUGGAAAUAUAUAACAUAUUAUAUGAAGUUUAAUAUAUGCCUGUAUCUUCAAAUGUUCUAUAUAAGUGUAGAAUGUACUGUUUUAUUUGUCUCUAUAAGUGUGAUAUAAUCCCAAAAUAUUCCAAAUACAACAUAUGAGGUGAAAUGUUUUUUUUAAAUUAUAUAUAUAUAUCAUGUUUGUCUUCUCCAGUGACAUAAUAAAAUAGUUUUAGAGAUA